GAAUUCUACUUAUUAGUCCCUUGGAAUUUUAAGGAACAUUAGUAUUAGUUCCGUAGGUUCUUUGUUGGACAUGAUGACAAAAGUGCGUGAAGACCCAUGGCCGAGUGUUGAAAAGCAGGUUGAGACGAUGAUGGCGGAUCUGGCAGUGCAGAUGCAGCACUUGCACGACAUGGAGAAUCCGUCGAUCAUUGCUGAGAAUGAAGUUUUAGACGCUAUUGCUAACUGUAAAGAAGUUGUUGAGGACAUGCGCUUCGCGUACGAUAGCGCCGCAGAACACCCGGAGUCCUUUUUCAUACCUGCUGAUGAAUUUCAACGUCGUGCCGAGUGUCUUCGUAAUUGGGAGCAGGAUAUUGCGCGGAUGCAGCGAGCAGGUGAUCGUAUCCGUUUAGCUCAUCGCGCGCGAUUGCAGAAUAACGAGGCAAUAUUGAAAAAUGCGAAGCGAGAAGGCGAUGAUUUUUUGCUCCAAGGGCAUCAGGCACAACAAAACAUUAUGCAAACUGACGAACAAACAUUGGAACGUCUUUCGGGUGGCAUUCAGCGUGUGAAGGAAACAGCGGUGAACAUCAACGAGGAGAUGGCAGCACAGGAGCAUGUCCUAGAUAAUAUUGAUCGUGGGAUGCUCCGUGUGCAGAUGCGACUUAGUAACACUAUCAAGAAGGUCGGUCAACUGAUUGACAAAACGAGCGAUCGAGGUAAGAUGAUAUGUAUUGCGAUACUAUUUCUUAUUUUGAUUGUGCUUAUCUUCUUCAUUUUGAGGUAA